CUUUAGGUACCUACCUACCUAUGUACGUAAACAACUCCUUAUUUGCCUACCUAAGGUUACCCAAACAACCCCAAUAUCUCAGCGCUGAGAUCGGCGUAUAGUCGACCAUGUCGUUUUCUACCCUCCCAAAUGAGUUGGUUCAAGAGAUACUUAUCGCAGCUGUUCGAUUACGCGUUACUACAAUUUCCGAUGAUACACCUUAUGCCGUAACUAAACAUAGUGUCGAACGCGCUCUGCGGUUACGACUUGUUAGCCGAUUAUGGGACACCAUAACAAUGUACGCGAUAUUUCAGUCAGGAAUCCUUAAUGAUCCCUGGCUGAGGCCGUUCCCUUAUAUUUGUCGUCCAUUCUGGUCUCAGUAUCUUGUAGACAAGAUAAUGUAUACGACCAAACCAUUAACUCGGCCAUUCCUUGUUAUCCGCCAAGUCGCAAAGCGCAUUUUGGCUUUCCGCGGCGAAGACACUUGGGGCAAGAAACUGGAAGAGUGUAUUUUCGAGAUCUCCAAAGUUUGUAUGAAUACACGCGAUCGUCGUGGAGGAUAUCGAACCUGGAUGACACCUCCAGCAAGGACUCUACGUAACCCUAAUAUGUCGACCGAGAUCACGGAUCACGAUGAGGAUUUCAUGCAGGCUCUAUUAGCAGCUGCUGCUUUUACCAACGAAGUAAAAUUGGUGAAGGAGCUGCUUCCGCGUUUCCGACAGUUAUCACACCUAAUUUACCCUAACAAGUCCUUAGACCGUCCGUUACUUGGCUAUCCAUUGCAAGGGGCUGCUUUCAAGGGGAACGUUGAAAUCGCCCACAUAUUUUUAGACUUUAUCAUACAAGCAAACGAAGGACAGGGUUCGCCAGAAGUAGCGAGUCGUAACGUCGUCAUCCUACACGGAAGCAAAAAUAAUAACAUUGCCAUGAUCGAGCUAGGUCUUGACCCACUUCGUUGGAACAAAGACAGCGAGCCGUACCUCCUAAACAGCUUGUCAUUAGCCACGAGCGUCGAUGCUUUCAAGCGUUUACAUGAACUUUAUGAGGACUGUAUCAUAAACGACAUGGACUAUAUCAUGGACGACGAGGAAUUCAUUGACGAUGAGGAAAAUUUCAUCGACGAUGAGGAAUUUCUGCUAGACAAUAAGUGUAUCAUCGAGUACAGAAAGAGGCCUAAGUAUACCAACUGUUUAACUAAGCUCAGUGUUCUUUUGAAGUUGAUAUGUCGUUUUGCUACAGCUGGAAACAUACCGCUAAUAGAACAUGUUAUCCAGCUCUGUGGGCAGCUCGGUCUAUCAGUUGAAGAUAUGAACGAAAGCAGGAAGUAUAAACUUUGCGGGCCUCUUGGUGGACCAGCAAGAUACGGUCACCUUAGCACGGUUGUUUACCUGCUAGAAAAGGGGUUUAAAGCCGAUGAGAAUUCGAUAUACGAAGCCGCACGACAUGGAAAUAUUCGUAUAAUGCGGCUGCUGCUGGAAAACGUUAUUUACUACACUGUUGAUUGGAGCCAUGCCCUAUACCAGGCAGUCAGUGGUGAGAAUGAGUCAGUUUUCCGGCUAUUGGUGGAAUCCGGAGUAACACUUUACGUGGGGAUUGAAAGCGAGGGACUACGUAUAGCGGAAGAGGAGGGCCUAGAAUCGAUGGCUAAUCUAAUCAAAGAGUACGAAUGGGAGAUACAACGUCUGAGAUUCAUAGAAGAUGUGGAAUAGAGGCGGGCUUGGGUCCAGCUUUCCAUAACGCCCUGUUCAACAUGACCUAGGCAGACUACCUAUGUACCUGAGGCAGACUCCAAAAGGAUAUCUAGGUUAGGUACUUAUCAUUGGCUAAACGAAUAAUGCCUCGCCACAUGCUGUAACGUAUAACUGAGUGCCACGAUCAAUAACAAAC